AUGCAUCAUACACUUUAUUUUUUAGGUAAUCUUUUGGAAUUAUUAGAAUUUCAAAGUGCAGAAAAUGAAUUAAUUAGAAAAAAAUUAAGUACAUUAAAAUAUACUUAUCAUUCAAGUCAAAAUGAGAUAUUAUCAAUAAUACAAGAACAUAUAUUAUCUCGAAUUGUAUCUGAAAUUAAAAUUUCCAAAUAUUAUUCAAUAAUGAUUGAUGAAACAACUGAUAUAUCACGUCAUCAACAGGUUUCUCUAGUAAUUCGUCUUACUGAUGAUCAAUUUAAUGUUUAUGAACGUUUUAUUGGCUUUGAACGAGCUUCUGAUACAAAUGGACAAGGUUUGUUUGAUCUAUUAUUGGAAUGGUUAAAAACACUCGACUUAGAUAUUACAUAUGUUGUUGGAUAA